UUGUCACUUGCGUCUUGCACUUGCAAUUUGUCUCAAUUUACUCUUUUUAAUUUUGAUAUCUUGAAAUUAAAAAUAAUGUUGUAACAAAAAUAACAAAGACGCUACCAGCUAUGGCUAGAAGAUACCGCGAUGCUGCCGCCAAAUUACAGGAAAACGUUAAGAAACACUUGCAAAUUAUAAAAAACGAGGUAUCUUCUUCAGAAGAUGAAGAACCUUUUGAGCAGAAUGUCCUGGAUGGCGUAUUUCAAAGCUAUUGGAGGGGUGGUGGAGACAAACAAAUGCUAGAAAGAACUAAGAAUCUUAUUGAAGAGGCGAUAAGUGGUAGGUCUAUUACGUGUUUAAUCUGUAUCGGUUCAAUAAAGCGGCCGGACGCGAUAUGGACUUGUGAGCACUGCUACUCCUACUUCCAUCUAUCGUGUAUUCAAAAGUGGUCGAAUGACAGCAUUAGCUUACGGAGCGAAGAAAGCCAUGGCCCGAUAGCAGUGUUCCGACCUAAGAAAAUUGAAUGGUGCUGUCCAAAAUGCAGGCACUCUUACGACAGAGACGAUAUUCCCCGAAAGUAUCGCUGCUUUUGUGGUAAAACUGACGAUCCUGCCUGCCAUCCUUGGUUGAUUCCUCACACUUGUGGGGAAGUUUGUGGUAAGAGGCUGUCUUUGGGAGAGAGUUGCAAACACAAAUGCCUGCUGCUAUGCCAUCCAGGGCCGUGCCCCCCGUGUCCACAGACAGUGAACGGAGCAUGCUUCUGUGGGAAGGAACGUAAAAGAGUCAGAUGCAGUGCAGCUCUUUGGUCUUGCCAGCAACCAUGUAAAAAAAUACUACCUUGUAAGUCCCAUAAAUGUGAAAUUGAAUGCCAUGAUGGAGACUGUCCACCUUGCAACUACACAAGCUUGCAGUCUUGUCUGUGUGGAGCUGAGAAAAUAAAGCGACCCUGCAAUGAUCUGACAUGGCAGUGUACAAAGCAAUGUAAUAAACCAUAUGCAUGUGGAUACCAUAAAUGUGAGAAAACAUGUCACUUAGGCAGUUGUGGUUCAUGCCCUAACUCUGGGGUUCAGUCUUGCCCAUGUGGCUCCAAUGAGCGCUACAUACAGUGCCCUGAUGUGAUUGAGACAUGUGUCAGCACUUGUGGGAAGAAGCAUGAAGAUUGUGAACAUAAUUGCCCAGCGAAGUGCCAUAAAGGGCCAUGCCCUCCAUGCCAAGUUUUGAUAGAAAAAAAUUGCCAGUGUUCAACACAUACUCGAUCACUUCCAUGCAGUAAAGAGUUCAGAUGUGAAACUAAAUGUAGGCGUACAAGACCAUGCGGUAAACAUGGAUGUGGACGCAAAUGUUGCGAUGGAAAUUGUCCUCCUUGUGAAAAGGUUUGUGAUAAACCUUUACAAUGUGGCCGCCACAAAUGCACCACAGUGUGCCAUCAUGGGCCGUGCUAUCCUUGCCCAUUGGAAUCUAAAGUAACUUGUCGCUGUAAAGAAACAUUUAUUACAGUCCCUUGCGGUAGAGAAAAACACACACGACCACCAAAAUGCUUCCUACCAUGUAAGAUUAAAUAUAAGUGUGGACAUAUUGAAGAAAAUAAACACACUUGUCAUUUUGGUGACUGUCCACCGUGCAAAGCUGUUUGUAACAAAACAUACAAAUGUGGGCAUAACUGUGUAGCCACUUGUCACGAAUAUGUGUUGGUUGUGUUUAAACAGCUGGAGAAGCCUGCCACUCCCUGGGAAAUUCAGCCUACUAAGACUAAAAUUGUGAACCUAGAUUGCCCACCUUGUGAAACCCCAGUCUUGAUCACAUGUUUCGGAGAACAUGAGACAGAUUACCAGCCGUGCCACACGGCAGCCCGCAGACCCUGCGGUCGUGAAUGUGGUAGACCACUCGCAUGUGGAAAUCACUUAUGUGAUCUUCUCUGUCAUUUGCAUGAAUUUAAUCCUGACUACCCCAAUGUGCCUUCCGCUUGCAAACCAUGCAACAAAGAAUGUACAAAAGUCCGUCCAAAGAAAUGCACACACAAAUGUGCUAAACAAAGAUGUCAUCCAGGACCAUGUCCACUGUGUGAUACCUUGGAAAGAAUUCCGUGUCAUUGCAAAGUGACAGAAAUAUAUAUGCAUUGUUGGGAGCUAGCGACUGCAACGGAAGAAAUGCUGAGUUGUAAACAGCAAUGCCCAAAGAUUUUAGAUUGUGGCCAUCGCUGCAAGAAACUGUGUCAUGCAGAGCCAUGUAGAGAUAACCAAACUUGUUUGAAAAAGGCCAAAAUUAACUGUCAAUGUGGUAAUUUGAAAAAAGAGGCACCAUGCAAAGCUGUUAGGAACUCUGAAAUACAGAUAACGUGUGAUGAAAGUUGUGAAGCUAAAAAAAUUGCUGCCAAGUUGGAAAAAGAAAAAGAAGAAAAAAGAUUAAAAGAACUGGAACUAGAGAAAAAUCGAAAAGAAUUAGAGGAAUAUGAAUGGAAAUUGAGUGGGAAGAAGAAGAAGUAUAAAGAGAAGAAAAUAGUGGUAAACAGAGAUGAUAGAAGUUGGUUAGCUAAAUAUUGGGUUCCUAUUUUAUCUAUACCAGUUGUAAUUAUAGCUGCUAUUUAUUACAUUAUAUUGAAUCCAAAUAAUUAACUAAAUACUUACAGACGUACAGUUUUGUGUAUUGAGUACCUAAUGUUAGUCAAUGAAUGUUAAACCUACUUAGUUUUUGUAUGUUUGUAAUAUUUUUAUUUUUUACUUAGGUCAUUAAACUGGUUACAAUC